AGAAGUUUAACUAUUCCUCGCCGAAUCAGAAGCUGCUGGUUGUUAGUUAACGUGUGGAAACGGGGCACUAGUUGCACGGUGGAGUCUCUGUUAAAGGAGUGAGUGUUAUACUGCUUUUGCAUAAAGAUUGAUCGCAAUGGGGAGUUACCCAAGGAAGCGGGAGAAAAAACAGUUAAUGCAGAUGGCAGCUUCUCUCAGUCAAGCUCCUGUGAAGAGGGAGGAAAGAAGAGAGAUUCCCAGCGUUCAUGCGCCCUUCGCCUCAGCAGGCCUCAGCGCUGACAAACCCGACCAUGCUGUCCCUUCGGAAGAGGCCAAGAAGGAGGCGACUGAAGAACACAACUUGCAAAUUAAAAAUCUGGUUCUGCAACAUGUAAAGUUAACGCUGGAUGGAAAGUCGAAAGGAGAUUUGUGCACAAAACCUUCUGAGAGCAAGAAGACUCAUUUUCGUGAGGAACGUGCCAGCAACUUAAAGAUCCCACCCCGAAUGCCAUACUCAGACUGGCACAAGGGUCGGACAGCUGCUGUCUGCAGCGAGCACUUUGACCGUCUCCUUCAGGACUACCCAGAGUUCCACAACUGCAAGUGCUGCCUAGCUGCCUUUAUACUGGAGAGAGGGGUUUUCGAUUCAGAUGGUCAGCCUUGUGAGAAAUAUGAGGUGGUGGCAGUGGGAACUGGCAGUUCCUGCUGCAGUGGUUGGCUUUGUUUUAAUGGGUGUGUAGUGCACGACUGCCAUGCCAUUGUCAUUGCCCGUCGGGCACUUCGCAGGUUCUUGUUUAAGCAGCUACUUCUGCUGUUCAGUGAUGACCUGAAGUGCAAAGAAAGGUCAAUUUACAAAGUCACCUCUGGCAGUUGUCUUCUAAAACUCAAGCCAAAAAUCUUUCUGCAUCUUUAUACGACAAAUGCACCUAAAGGAGCAGCCCAGUGUACUCUCAUGAAAUCACCCAGGAGCAGCUACUUUUCUCAGAAGCUGCAGUGUCAUGUCAAAGGCUCUCUUAUUCCUUCUGCCUCUGUUUACCCCAGUUUCUGGGGUGCGUGUGUGUGCUGCAUGUCAGACAGCGAUAAACUGAGCCGCUGGGCAGUGACAGGCCUGCAGGGAGCACUGCUAAGCCACUUCAUUGAGCCACUCUGCAUAACCACUGUAGUUCUUGGAGAUUCCAGUCACCGUUUUAAGAAGGUAUCGGACACCAUAAAUAAAAGACUGGGUGUGGAAUUGGUAGACCAACUGCCUCCACCAUUCGGGAAGCAUGAGAUGAUAUUCUUCAGUGGAGAAACUGUUGGACCACAGAAAUGCUCAAGUCAGUGCCAGAAACUGAGUCUCAACUGGUGUCUGGGGGACUUCAGCAUAGAGGUCCUGGACAGUACCACUGGCUGCACCAUUGAAGGGUCACCCUUUAUAAGUGGCCCUGGUUACUCCAGUAGACUUUGUAAGAGAGCAUUCUACAUGGCGUUCUGCAAAAUUGCAGAAAUGAAUCACCGUCAAGAUCUCCUGGAUCUCUCCACCUAUCGAGAUGCCAAGACUGCUGCCCACCUUUAUCAGAGCACUAAGGCCAUGGUAAAUGAACAGUUUAUGGCCAUCGGCGCAGGACCCUGGAACUCCAAGCAAAUGGUGGAUAUGUUUGAACAAUAUAGCAAAGUGUGAUUGUGUGGAAAAAACUUUUAAUUCUUUGAAGCUUUGAAUUCUUAAGUAGGCUGUAUUUUUUUUUUUUUUUUUUUUUUUUCUC